UGUAGAAUGUUUUUGUGUUUUGUGUUUAUUAUUUUAUUGUUUCACUAUUUUCUUGGCGAUGCGCUGCAAGAGAAACAUUACCUGCACUUCAAGUUCACAGCCCUUUCUAAAGCAAGCACACUCCCAGAGUUCAGUGCUGAGGCUGUUGCUGACGGCAGACAGAUCUUUCACUACAAUAAUAAAGAGAAAUCCUGGGUAAGAUCGAGUCUGACUGAAGAUGACUCUGAAGCUCCUGUAAACCCACCUGAUUCUAGAGGCUGGUUCAUAUAUCAGAUGAAGACUCUAUCAAACUGUGCAGACUCAGAGUGUUCUGAGCUCCAUGUUCUUCAGAGAAUAACUGGUUGUGAACUGGAGAAACUUCCUGAUGGAACAGUGAAGAGUCUGACAGUCUUUGAUGAAUAUGGAUUUGAUGGAGAGGAUUUUAUUGUCUUUAAUUCUGACGCUCUGCAGUGGAUUGAUAAAAACCCCAAAGCUGAAGAAACUAAAAUGAAAUGGGAUCGGCAAACAGAACGCAAUGAAUUCCUGCAGCAUUACCUCAAGACCUGCAUGCACUGGAUCUCCACAUUUAAUAACAGCAGAAAGACUCCACCGGAUGUUCGUGUCUUUGCAGUGAAAGCUCCUGGUGAUCAACACAAGCUGCUUCUGAGCUGUCUGGCCACUGGUUUCUAUCCCAGAGAUGUUGAGAUGUACAUUAGAGUGUACAGAAUUAAAAUUAAGGACCAAACAUCUUCUGGAAUCAGACCAAAUGCUGAUGGAUCCUUUCAGCUCAGAUCCAGUGUAGAGAUCGACAGAAACCACAAGGAGUUUUAUGACUGUUUUGUCAUUCACAGCAGUCUGACAGAACCAGCUUCAGUAGAAUGGGCUGGAAAUGGUGCUGACUGUGAAACAGAAUCUCAUUGGGCUUUAAAAGCAGUAUUAAUAACAGUUUCAAUUCUAGUUCUCGUCGUGAUCUGUUACUGCAUCUCCCGAAGGAAAAGGUCAAGUGGUCAGUCGAGCGGUUAUGGUGAUCAAACUGGAAGAGAGAUGAGAGCCGAGCCUUGUCCUUCACACAAAGCUCCACCGGAUGUUCGUGUCUUUGCAGUGAAAGCUCCUGGUGAUCAACACAAGCUGCUUCUGAGCUGUCUGGCCACUGGUUUCUAUCCCAGAGAUGUUGAGAUGUACAUUAGAGUGUACAGAAUUAAAAUUAAGGACCAAACAUCUUCUGGAAUCAGACCAAAUGCUGAUGGAUCCUUUCAGCUCAGAUCCAGUGUAGAGAUCGACAGAAACCACAAGGAGUUUUAUGACUGUUUUGUCAUUCACAGCAGUCUGACAGAACCAGCUUCAGUAGAAUGGGGUAAAUAUCACCAGAAACUAAUCUUUGAUUGA